ACAGAUUUACGCUUGAUGUGAGGUUCAGAGUUUCAAAUAUAUAGGGUAUUGAAAUAUAAUGAUAGUGUGACAAAGUACAGUACAGUGUACAUACAAGACUUAUCCGAACAGGUCAUGGAGAUAGUGAGCUUGAACUCGACCCGUGAAGAUCUGGUGAUAAGUUCUGGCGAUGCCAAGGCCAAGCAGCAAGUGCACACAAAUUGCACUCCGAGGUCCAUCAAACAUCGAAGAAAUGCGAAAUUGUUCCAGCACCAACAACAACAGCAGCAAUAUCUUCGCCGGAUAUACGGUCAGAAAGUUGAUAACCGAUUCGUAGUGAAUGCCGUGAUUAAUUAUGAUAAAUCAACCAGUUCCGGGGAUAGUGAUAGUAACAACGAUGAUAUUGGUGAUUACAAUUGUGAUGUCAAGUGCAGUGGCACCAGUAUUCGACUGGAUAGCGGUGUGGCGAGUAAAAGUGGUUCCAUCAGUUCUUCUGGUAGAUCCUUCAAUGGGAAACCGGUUAAUCUGAGUCAAUCUAGAAUGUCACUCUUGUGGAACACUAGCGGUUGGAUACGGGUCUACUGUGGCCCAGAUCGGAGUGAUGUAAGCUGCGAAGAUCCAAGUCGUAUGGUGCAUGUGACCACGACCGCAACUACGUUGGAUGUAGUUAAAGACUUGGAUUUACCGAUGGAUUACACAUUGUGGGUUCAAAUUGGUGGCUCCAAAACACGUCGGCUGGAGGAGAAUGAAUAUCCUUUGUUGGUGCAGGAAGAAUUCCUCAAGUCCCUCGGAUAUCUGAACGAAUCUCGCAGGGCUCGACUUGGCAUUGAUCCCGAGCUAAAACAUAUGUUUCGAUUUCACAUUGGUCCACUGGAGAUUCCCAUGUGUAAAGGUGUAUUGCGGUCGGGGUCAGUAGAAAUUCUAAAAGGACUGGUGUUUCCGCAUUGGAGAAAACGUUAUUUGGCUAUUGUCGGUAGCAAACUAAUCGUAUACCCUGCAAGCUCCCACAUAUCACCGGAAGUGUACGAGUUGGCGGGGGCUAAUAUCUUCGAGCACGCACCUGGUUACGAUCGACUGAUCAUAAAAAUAGCACCAAAAACAAUUGUGACUGGCAGCGGUAGCUGUACGAAAGAGAAUUUCAAUCGGUGUAUUGACAGCACUAGCUCAAUAUCUCAUCUCUACCAUAGCAAUGGCAGUGCCCAUUCAAUCAACGACCGAGAGACUGUAUUGUUUCUCGGCUUCGAAGAAUCUUGGGAGCGUGAUCUAUGGAGCGGCUGGUUGUCUGAGACGAAAGCUGAUAGUGUCGAUGAUCCCAGGCGGUUGAAUCUAGGAGACUCCGGGUUGCAACACAUACCGGAGAUAUUUAUGCAAUCGUCGGUCCACGUUGAGGAGUUACUGGCCGGAAACAACAAGUUGCAAGAAUUGGCCCUGCGUGCACUGGGUGAACUAACCCAGCUUAAGGUGCUUAGAUUGAAUGAUAAUGGGUUGAAGAGUUUUCCGGAGAGCUUGUACAAUUUGCGAAGUUUGCGUGUGUUGGAUCUGGGAGAUAACGAGAUCAGGAAGCUCCCAGAACGGAUAGUACUGCUGACGAGUUUGGAAGAAUUGAGUCUGGAGAGAAAUGAGCUUCCUGAUUUGCCCAAUUGUUUAAAUAGACUUGGUAAAUUGACGAGCCUGAAUGUUGCGUACAACCAGUUGACAUCAUUACCACACUCUAUGGUAACCAACAUGAGAUCGGCUGGGAUUUUUCAUAGGAAAGGUUCGGUUAGGAACGGUCAUAGGAGAGAUUCUUUGGAAAAAGAUGACGAAAAUGACGAAUCAACAUUGACCAAAGUAAAUCUGCGCGGCAAUCACUUGAAAGGGAGUAUAAUUCUUGGCAACUAUGGGCUGCUCACUCAAUUGGAUGUCAGUGAAAAUUCUAUCGAGACUAUGGAUCUUUCGGCGUUGGAUAAACUCGAGACGAUACAGUGCUUUCGGAAUAACUUGAAAGAGUUGACGCUUAACGGACGUCAUUUACACUCUUUGAUUGCUGGGAAUAACAACCUUACUAAAAUAAUUGUUCGAGCAACGCCAACAAAGCUCAAGCACGUCGACAUCAGCUUCAACAGUCUACGAGAGCUUCCGGAUUGGCUGGUCGGUUGCCAUCAGCUUCGCAGCUUGUAUGCGAAUAACAAUCAACUACAUAUGUUAUCGGAUCGUUUCCUUAACAAUGAACAUACGACGCUCGUUACCCUUCAUUUAGCUUAUAACAAUCUAAAAAGCUUUCCGCCGAUGGUAAAACGGAAGCUACCACUUCAAAAACUGUACCUGCAAUGUAACCACAUCGAAGAUCUGCCGGAAAAUUUCUUCAUUGCUUGUGAACGGCUGACUAUACUUAACAUCUCCAGCAACAAGCUAGUGGCCCUACCCAUCAUCUUCGGCACGAACUGCCAUUUGGAGCGACUCUAUGCAACGAGCAAUAACCUCUCCGAUCGGGUCCUCGAUAGUCUAAUUUGUCUAACUCGUUUGAAAGUUCUACACAUUGGCUACAAUCUGCUUACGACUCUCCCGGAGACUUGUAUCACUUGCUGGGGUGAGCUAGAGGAAUUGGUGCUAUCUGGCAACAAGUUGCGACAUCUACCGGAAAAUUUGAGUAACCUUCGUACUCUCCGUGUUUUAAGGGUUCACUCGAACCAACUUCAAUCGGUUCCAGCCUUAGCGAACAAUACAAGCCUACAAGUAUUAGAUCUCGCCCAUAAUCAGUUGGAUAGCAUCAAUAUGAUUUCUCUUGUAUCGAAGCAACUCCAAUUCCUGGAUCUGUCCAGCAACAGUCAGCUUCAGGUUGAUCCAUACCAGCUGCAAGCUUGCCAAUCGCAGAGACCAAUGAGUUUGGUGGAUGUUUCCGGCAAAAACCGAUCAUCGCUCCAAACUGCUCCUGGGCCGUACCAGGAAAACGACGAAUUUGAACCGUGUUGGAAGGUAGGCUUCGCUGAAACCUCCGGCUGUCUUCCUAAACUGUACAUCUCACAGCUGCGGUUACCUGGGUUCUGCAAUUCCGAAGGCCUGUUCGGGAUGUUCGACGGUGAAGUUAGCAACGUUAUACCGAACAUGCUGAUCAAGAGUAUUCCAAAGAUACUGCUGGAGGAGCGAACAGUUAAGGAAACGGCCAGUGAGUACAUGAAGUAUACGCUGCUAUCGGCUCAUCGAGAACUGAAACAGCUGGGUCAGCAUGAAGCGGUCAAUGCAACGCUAUGUCAUAUCUCUAGAAGCAAGAUUCCUAGUGAAAUCAUGAGCUAUUUUCCGCAGGCAGCUAAUGGACGGAAAUUUAUUUUACGAGUUGCGAGCGUAGGUGAUAAUUCCGCUGUCCUGAUUAAGCACAAUCAAUGCGUUAAACUAACUGGGAACACCGGCAGGAAGCUUGGGUUGAGUGCAGAUUUUCCAGCAACAGUGCCGGAUCCAGAAGUACAGGAGGUAGUCUUAAGUGACGCGGAUGAGUAUCUUGUGAUAGGCAACAAGAAGCUAUGGGAAGUCAUAACGAUGGAGACUAUUGCGGAAGAGAUUCGAAAGGAGGAAAAUAUUUUGCUAGCUGCUAAACGAGUUCAGGAUAUUGCCCAAAGCUAUGGAGCUGAGGAGAACAUCAGUAUACUCAUUGUCAAGUUUAAUAAUUUGGGAACGGAUGUAGACUUCUUGAUGCGGGAGUUAAGGCAGACUAUUCGAAAAAAAUCAAUAGGUGGAGGAAGUAGUGUCUUGUCGGGUUUUUGCAAGUGCGGUUGUUGUUGUCAGUCGAACAAUAACUGUUGUCAUUCGGGUGCAACUAGUUUGUUCGUAAGGCAUCCAUCGGGUAGAAGCGAUAGAUCUUCUCCGAGUGGUCAAAGUGAUCAAACAUCAGGUAGUGAAACGCAUGUGAGCGGGGCUAAACCAAAGUAUUCUGACACGGGUGUGUUCAGCGGUAGAAAACAAAACGGACAUUUGACUAACGAGCGAAGAAGCCUGCGAGGAGGGGUAGUCAGAGCCGUUCGAGCGAAAAUCGAAGAAAAGGAUCGAGAUGUUGAGGAAUCUGAUUCGGGUAUGUCGGAUGAACAGUUCAAAUGCUGGGAAUACAUGCUUGAGCAAAAUACUCAGCUCUUGUUCGACAAGGAGCUAAACACGAUAUCUCGGUCGUUUACGAAACGUCCGCAGUCGAAUCUGACGAGGCCACAAAUGAAAGCAUUGUCUACCAGCUCGCCACAACUUGCAUUAGAAAGUGACAUUGGAGGGUCCUCCUCUAUUAGUGGAUAUAAUACGGUCGGAAACUCGAUGCGUUCUGCCCCAUUUCUAUCCAAACGCUUUGGUAGCACACGAUCCUUCCAGCCUUCUUCUUCACAAAGUUUCUUCAAACCGAUUCGAUACAGCACAACUCGUCCAAAGCCCAUUAUCACCGGCCCUAAUGCGGCAUACUUUGGAUCCAUUCAACGGCUGAUGCCUUAUAAUUUAGAGUACGAUCUGAGCACUUUACAGGAACGGUACAACACCAACAAUGAUGGAAGCGUUAUCGAACUAGACACAGUGGAUCCGGAAGGAGGUCGCAUGCAGCAGUAUUGGGGUGUUGCAACUACAGAGCUGUGAGAGUAUUCUUUCAAUAUGAAAUAAGUGCGGUAGAAAGGCGUGUAAAGAUUUUCAAGAUCUUUCGCGAAGAUCUUCUUUUUUUUCGUUUAGC